CAGAGAGAGAUAGACAGGGAAGGAGGAAAAGAGCAAAAGAUUGCAUACAAGUCAGGAGUAAAAUAAUAAUGAUUUAAUCAUGAGAGUGUGGGGAGCACCGGGCUGCACUAGAUGACAGGCAGCAGGAGAAAGGGAUUGCGUGAGAUUAAGUGAGCUGUUUGGCGCUUGUAGCACACCGCAAAGAACAGCAGGAUGUUUGUAAAGCAGCGCUCACAGCUGGGGGACGGAUAAAGCCAUCAGAGCAACUUUAACAGGGCUCAGGAUUUCGCUGGAAGGGAGAGGGGUUCGAAGCCUUCCCCUCAGACUGAACCACCAGAUACCUGUGGAUCACUUGCAGCGAAGCACUACUGGGGGAAAAGACAGCAUUCUGAAGACAGAAGAAAAACUCUUGGGAAGGACUGAUUAUAAUAAAUUAGUACUUGGGGAAAGAGACAAAAAACAACCUGUCAGGAUUUGUGAUGAAUGUGAAGUUUGAAUGAAGAGUUCUUGGAGUUAAAGAGUGAAUAUCUGAUAACGUGAUUAACUUCUCUGGACAUGGUGUUCAUGUUUUUCCAGCAAAUAGAUGGUAUUUAUAAGUCUGUGGCAGCAAUCACAUUUGGUUUUUGGUGACGAUGAGGAAAAAUCUUUGAGUCUCUUCAGCAGCAUGGGCCAGAGCAGUAUGACCUCUCCCUUCUCUCUGGGCACCAAUCUGGUGCUGUGUCUCCUCGUCCGCUCUUCCGUGGCUUCCUGUCCCGCUGUUUGUCUCUGCACCUCGGACACGCUGAGCUGCGGCGCUCAGGGCCUCACCAGGCUGCCUCUCCUCCUGCCUCCCACCACGUCCACCCUGGACCUCAGCUUCAACCGUCUGGGUUGGCUGGGCCCCAGCAGCUUUUCCAACCUGCCCAGACUGGACACCCUCCGGCUGGCCAACAACCAGCUCACCACGCUGGGCCACGGGGUCUUCCACAAUGCCUCCAGCCUCCGCCACCUGGACCUGUCCUCCAACAGGCUCCGGGUGGUGGAGCAGCACUACCUGCAGGGAUUGUGGAGGCUGGAGGAGCUGCUGCUCUACAACAACCGGAUCAGCCGCGUGGAAUCGGGCAUGCUGAGUGGCCUGAGCAGCCUCAGGAAGGCUUACUUCAGCCUCAACCAAAUCACUGAAUUCCCCUUCUUCUCCAUACAGGACCACAGUCAUCCGUUCCUCAUCAUGUUGGACCUAUCGUCCAACCGCCUGAGCGCGCUGCCCUGGGAGGACGUCAAGGCCCUGCCGGGCUCAGUGCAGAAGGGCCUGUACCUCCACAACAACUCACUGGUGUGCGACUGUUCCAUGUACAGCGUGUUCUGGCACUGGGAGCAGAGGGGCUUCGACACUGUCAGGGACUUCACGGACGAGCACACCUGCCUGAUCUACGGCGAGGCCCGCGCCUCCGUAAGCUUCCUCCGGCACUCCCGCUACUUCCAGAACUGCACGGUGGGGAAGGCGGUCUCUCUGCCAAUGAUGGUGUCGGCCUCCAACGUGGUGGUGAACGAGGGGGAGAGGGUGCGGCUGGACUGCCAAACGUCGCUCCGGGCUAAAGAGCUGUCCUACGUGUGGGUGUCGCCCAGUCAAGAGUACCUGACCCAGGCCGGCUUCAACGACACCCUCGUCAGCGUGUUCCCCAAUGGCACCCUGGAGAUCCCUUCGGCCCGGGUGAACGACACGGGCGUGUACGUGUGCACGGCGCUGGACCUGAAACACGCGCAGAACGCCACCAGGGAGGUGAACGUCACCGUGGUCCGAGCCCUGCCCGACUCCUUCAGCACGGGCUACACCACCCUGGUGGGCUGCGUGGUGACCCUGGUUCUGAUUCUCAUGUACCUCUACCUGACGCCCUGCCGCUGUGGGUGCUGUAAACAGCCGCAGCCCGAAACCAGCCCCGUCACGGCCUAUGACCCAGGCACCCUGGCCUCCAUCUUCUCCCCCACACUGGGCCACAGGGACUCCAUCAAAGUCAGCAGCAACAAGCACGUGGUGUUCAUAGAGCCCGUCCUGGUGGAUCAGAACGGGGCCCUCAGGGCGGCUCUGGCCACGGACCAGGCCACACUGCAGUGGGAAUGGGACACGAGUGGACUCACUUAGGGAGCAUGGCGCUGAACCCAUGACUGACAAGGAAGAUGAGCAGUGACAGGCGUUCCAAUGACAGAUCAUCCUCAUACACCACAGUUAGAGAAGGACCUUUGUUGUGGGACACAUCACAGUUUUCGGAUUACGGAUUCGAACCGGCAACCAUUUUGGUCUCUAGCUCUCAUCUCUUUCCUUUUCCGGCGAAAGGCAUCAUGGCCGGACUACCCUCAGAGAUGGCGUAAGGGCUUGCUAAUGUUUCUCUUCCCUCCCUGUUUUGUCUCAAGGAUCCACAGUAGAAAAGUGUUGAAGGAAUAAACUGUAUUUCUUCUACCAUUGUUUUGGUGAGGGUUAAAACAACGUUGUUUGGAUUAAAUUGACACUGCAGUUGGACACCUUGAAUUAUUAACCUUUGGCAAUCUUCCCUGUUCCCAGUUCAGUUAAUACGUUCUCUGAGAAGCAUCUACUCCCUUCCUUCUUGAAGUGUGAUUCAUUUGGCCCCUUUCAAACAUUUAAAAGGAUCACAGUGGUGUAAGCAAUGGCAGAUUGCAGACAGAUUUCCACCUACAUUUUUCUCAAAUAUUAGUCAACAUAAGGUCAUUUAAUUCCUUUUAAAUACAUAAAUGGGAGGGUAUGAGCUAACAUUUGUGGUUAAGGGGAGGAACAGCAUCGGGUAGCAACGAAGAGGAUUCCUAUUAGGAGAUAUAUUUUCUGCUUGGCUGACUUCCACAAAAGCUGUUAGAGCAAUAGAGAAUGUUUGGAAUUGAAAUUAUUUUCAUGGGAUUAUAGUCCCAGUGUGAUUACUUCAGGAAGUUAGAUGUAGAUGUUUCUAAAGCAAAAGUAAAUGUUUUACUAUCCAGGGAAACGCAGUAGAUUAAAACUGAAUGAUAGUAGAAUAACGCCUGUUGUGUUCUGUAUAACCUGGCUAAUUCUGUAAAGUUAUUAAAGCAACCACUUUCAUAUGACCCAUUUACAUGCUCUAUAGAAACUCCUGAUCCCAGAUUUAUAAAUAAAUCUUUCUUGGAACUUUGAAUGAAAGCAUGUACAUCUUAUGGUUUGGACAAAGACCAAUUCAAAAAGAAAAGAUAAUAUAUUAAAAUACAAACAUAACAUGCAGACAGGCACUUUGAAAUAUUGGACAAGCCCGCAUCAGGUAUUAUGCUGUCAACAUUUGAAUAGAAUAAUGCGGUAGUGCCUUUAAUAGUACAUGGGUAGCAAUUUAAAUUGGUUCAAUGAAUGUUGACACUGUUCUCGUUACAAACUACUGCCUGUGCUUAAACCUUGUUUUGAAAAUCACAGUUACUUAGGCAAGGGAAGUCUGGUAGUAAUGCAGUGGUUCCCAACCUCUUGUUCUAAGAACCACCAAAUCAUUUUGAAAAGCUCUUGAGAACAACAACUUGCAAAUUUGCAGAAUAAUAUGGCAUAAAUAUCUUGUAGCUCAUAUUUGGAAUACAUUCUAUCAGUACAAAAUGAACAGAUACAGUGCUAUUCAUAUUACAAACAAUGAAUUAUCAAAAUGUAUGUCAUACCAUAAUUAUAUUUCUUCCUCCCAAUGUUUCAUUUUUGAAGAAUAAAAUUUCUCCCAAUCUCA